UCAGAGCGGUAUUGGCUGUUUCAGUAAAAGUAACAGGAUCUCUAACAUAGAAAUAACAUAGUUGUAUUAUCAUGACGAAUAUGUUUAUAAUAAAAUACAAUUGAUUAUAAAGACUAUAUGAAUGACUUAACGUAUAUUGUUAACAUGUUCUGAAAUGCAAACUACUAUGGCAGGGACAUGCGUUAGAAAUUCUUUAGAUAAAUAAUUCAUUCUGACGUUCAUUUAGUGUUUAAAUACGGAUAGGAUGAUGGACUUGCUGGACACUUUAAGCAAUAUUAACUUAUCAGCUUCCGGCUUAUAUUGCGACUUAAAUGUGACAAAUUUAACAUCACCAGCAGACAACACUUCAAAUAGUGACCUCUGCAGGAUAGCGUCAGGAGAAAUUAUAAGCAAACCAGCCGUAUUCAGGAUUGGAGCAACUGUUUUUGCGUAUUUCACACCGUUGAUUUUUGUCGUAGGUAUAGUAGGAAACGGGCUUUCAUUGUCAGUGUUUAGAUCGACAAAGUUGAGCAAGCUGUCAGCAAGUAAAUAUCUAGCGGCAUUAUCAUUGGCAGACAUUUCAUCGUUGAUAUUUUACGUUUUAGUAGAAUGGUUAAGACGUGGUUUAGAACAUAUCGUUCCAGACAUAGAAUUAGCAUUUCUACAUAAAAAUGGCUUCUGUCAGGUGAUUCUCUAUAUGUCGUAUAUUUCAAGACUGAUGUCCUCGUGGAUCAUUGUGGUAUUCACUAUAGAAAGAUUCACCUGCGUUUGUUACCCGCUGAGAAGUUUUAAAAGAGGAGCCAGGAAAAUCUUGCUGUCUAUGUUUGCGUUAUCGUGUUUACUUGUUUUAUAUAAACCGAUAUUAAGCGGAGAAUAUUCCAAAAGCGGAGUGACAGUGUGCACUGCAAAUCCGGAGUUCAAACUUGUAUCAUUUGCCCUUGAUGGAACGUUUGCUAUCGCAAUAACUCUCAUACCAUUUAUCAUUAUCACUGUAUUAAAUAUUCUCAUUGUUAGAAAACUGUUUCUAAGAAACCGUGAAAGCCGCGAUCUCUUUUCUGACGAUUCAACAAUUAGGCUUGAAUUUACUUUGAUUCUUCUUGCAAUAUCGUUCUUCUUUGUCGCAUUUAAUUUGCCAUUUUCUGUUGUUUGGGCAAGAAACCAUUUGUACUUCAACGUAAACCAAAGUAGAUCCAACAAGACAGUUGACGUGGAUUAUUGGAUCGGCAUCCAGUUGAUAACGAGAACAGUGUUCUAUAUGAACUAUUGUAUCAACUUUUUCUUGUACAGUAUAACUGGUAAAUACUUUAGAACAGCUUUAUUUGAGAUGAUAACAUGUAAAGGUUCCAGUAGAAACAGGUACGGGUCCUAUAUUAAAUGCAGGAGACUUGGAUCGUCAAACACGCAUGUGACGGUCUGUGAUAAACGGAGUGGAUCUAUGAAAUCACACAGUGAAGCGCAAAUGUAGUCAGUGUCACAUGUGUAAAGUAUUACAUUAUUUUUAGUAUCAUUUUAGACAAACAUGUAUUAACACAAUUAAAAAUAGCAAGAAAAGGGUCACAUAAAUACAAUAGGAAGAGCGCAGAUCUACGGAUUUCGGGGUAGUCCGUUCGAUCGUAAGUCUCCGUGACGACAGAUAAUAGACAUUGUGUCUGAAAUCAUUCGUCCUUCACCUCUGAUUCAGGUGAAUAAGUUCACAGUAAAGAAUCCAGUAAAAACACUUGUUCGGUUAACUAACUUCCUGCCGUUAAUACAUAACUAACGACGAUAAACCAAAAGCAAAUAAUAAAAAAACAAAUGUACUUUUGAGACCAAAAUACUUGAUUUUUUUACGGUAUCGUAUUUACAUAACAAACAACAUUAUUACCGUCAAGAUUAUGUAUGUUCACAUGUGAUAUGUAGUACAGGUUUGUGCUUGUUCAAAAUUGUUUUUGGAUAUGUUGACUGUUUGAAGAAAUGAUGCCCUUAGCAGAUGAUCGGAUUUAAGGGUUUGGUGACUGAAGAAUGCACAAUAAGUGACAUUUGGUGAAAAAAACCUUUAUCUAUAAAUCAUUUAUACAUAUCCAUACCGUAUUUUCAAACAUAAAGGAAUGACGGUCUACUGCUGUAUAUAUCAUACAAAUAGAAUUUACAAUAAACUUUUUAAAUCAAAGACAUACAUAUAUGUUUUUGGUGUAAGUGUUUCUUUUGCAAAUUUUUUGUUUAAACCAC